AUGAGUAUCUCACUUAAACCACAAAACACUAAAGCUGCUGCUACGAAACGUAUUAUGAGAGAUUUAAGAGAUCUUGAUAAAAUUCCUAUACCAGGAUUAGGUGUAUGUUGUCCCGACGAAUCAAAUCCAUUUCUUCUACAUUGUAAUGUAUUAAUCAAUGAUGGACCCUAUCGUGGCAUUAUGAUUCAUCUAGUUCUUCAUAUUCCAGAAGAUUAUCCAUUGACAGGUCCUGCAGGAAAUAUAGCACCUGGUUUAGAAUUUGAUCAGAGUCCGGGCUAUACAUUAUCAACUGCACUUCUUCAAAUUGUUACGUUUUUUGCUGAUCCUGAUCUGUAUCGUGAACCAACUUCUGAGAGUAUUGAUCAUCUGCGAAUGAUGGUAAAAGAAUUUCAUUGUCGAACAUGUGGCCAUUCAUAUAAAAAACCAAAUCCUGAAAUUAUUGAUUAUUCCACAACAGUAACCAGUCAAGAUAUCGACAAAAUUUCAGAAAUAGACGAAGAAAAACUUAAAAUCGAACGUCUACGUGAACUUAAAGAAAAACUUACUUGUGGUAUAACCAAACAAAAUUUCAUAGAUGAUCCUAUUUGUCUUGGUUAUCCACUAUUAGUUAAGCGAGAUAAUUAUGGACGAUUAUGGCCAGAAACUAUUCUAGAACUUAUAUCAUAUGAUGCUUAUGUUGCAGAAAUACAAAAAUCAGGUGAAAAUAAAUUAGAUUAUUAUGAACAUUUAACAUUUCGUUCUGUAACUGGAAAAGAUUAUAAUCAUUGGUUACCAAUAUUUAUUAAUGAAGAACAUUUUCGAAAAGGACAAACAAUUAUUCAAAAUAGUAUUAGUGUUAUAUAUAAUGGUACUGCAUUAGGUAGUGCUAGAUAUGAUUUUAAACCAAUUAUGGCAUUGAAUGUCUUAACAACAUUAAUGAAUAAAUCUAGUGUACAAUUAUUUAAUGGACAAAUGUUUGAAUCAAAACAUGCAAUCGAAGCUUAUUGUCAUUUUCUACGUUUAUUAAUGCAUUUUAUUGAUAUUUAUCCUGAAUUAGAUCGUCAUAUUAAUGAAACUAUUGAAAAUUUUUCUAAAGAUAUUCGAAAUCGAAAUAAAAAGGUUGUAUCUGAUAUUGGUGAAUUUUUAAUCAAAGUUGCAUUAUCAAAGAACUAUCGGUUUGAUCAAAUUAAAAAAUAUAUUUAUGAAGAAUAUUUUGCUCGACAAAUUUAUUGGAUUCAAAGAAAAAAUAUAAUUCAUAAUUUACUUGAUAUAAAAAUCAAUGAUUUAUCCAAUAUAUUUGAAGCUGUAAAAGUAUCAAAUCAUUUAUUAGUAUUCAAUUUAGAAAUGGCAGAAACAUUUAUUUUUUCUGGUGUUAAAGAACGAUUAGAUCAAGCAUUUGGAUAUCCACCUGAUGCAGUCGUUGAAAAAUUUCAACAACGUCUUAAAGCUAUAAAGUCAAUUGAUCGAUACAGUCAAUUUGUUCAAGCAAUACGAAUGAGUGAUGUAAUUAAAACACCCGAUGAUAUGAUUAAUUUAAUAACAACUUCGAUAAAAGUAUCAGAUCAACAAGGUUAUACAAGAAUACAACCAAGUUCUGAUGGACAAUAUAGACGAUUCAAUCGAACAACACGUUAUGAUCAACAAUCAAAAUAUACGAAUAAAUAG